UGGGGGGCGCGCCGAGCAGCCCCGGCGGCCGGGCCGGCAUUACCGCGGCGUCUCUCCGCUAGAGGAGGGGACAAGCCAGUUCUCCUUUGCAGCAAAAAAUUACAUGUAUAUAUUAUUAAGAUAAUAUAUACAUCGGAUUUUAUUUUUUUAAAAAGUUUAUUUUGCUCCAUUUUUGGAAAAGAGCUUGGGCGGCGAGCGGUUUUUUUUUUUUUUAAUCAAUUAUCCUUAUUUUCUGUUAUUUGUCCUCAUCCCUCCCCACCCCCUGCUGAAGCAAGAAUAAGGGCAGGGACCGCGGCUCCUACCUAUUGGUGAUCCCCUUACCCAUUCCGCCCCCGCCCAACGCCCAGCACAGUGCCCUGCACACAGUAGUCGCUCAAUAAAUGUUCGUGGAUGAUGAUGAUGAUGAUGAUGAAAAAAAUGCAGCAUCAACGGCAGCAGCAAGCGGACCACGCGAACGAGGCAAACUAUGCAAGAGGCACCAGACUCCCUCUUUCUGGUGAAGGACCAACUUCUCAGCCGAAUAGCUCCAAGCAAACUGUCCUGUCUUGGCAAGCUGCAAUCGAUGCUGCUAGACAGGCCAAGGCUGCCCAAACUAUGAGCACCUCCGCACCCCCACCUGUAGGAUCUCUCUCCCAAAGAAAACGUCAGCAAUACGCCAAGAGCAAAAAACAGGGUAACUCGUCCAACAGCCGACCUGCCCGCGCCCUUUUCUGUUUAUCACUCAAUAACCCCAUCCGAAGAGCCUGCAUUAGUAUAGUGGAAUGGAAACCAUUUGACAUAUUUAUAUUAUUGGCUAUUUUUGCCAAUUGUGUGGCCUUAGCUAUUUACAUCCCAUUCCCUGAAGAUGAUUCUAAUUCAACAAACCAUAACUUGGAAAAAGUAGAAUAUGCCUUCCUGAUUAUUUUUACAGUCGAGACAUUUUUGAAGAUUAUAGCGUAUGGAUUAUUGCUACAUCCUAAUGCUUAUGUUAGGAAUGGAUGGAAUUUACUGGAUUUUGUUAUAGUAAUAGUAGGAUUGUUUAGUGUAAUUUUGGAACAAUUAACCAAAGAAACAGAAGGCGGGAACCACUCUAGCGGCAAAUCUGGAGGCUUUGAUGUCAAAGCCCUCCGUGCCUUUCGAGUGUUGCGACCACUUCGACUAGUGUCAGGAGUGCCCAGUUUACAAGUUGUCCUGAACUCCAUUAUAAAAGCCAUGGUUCCCCUCCUUCACAUAGCCCUUUUGGUAUUAUUUGUAAUCAUAAUCUAUGCUAUUAUAGGAUUGGAACUUUUUAUUGGAAAAAUGCACAAAACAUGUUUUUUUGCUGACUCAGAUAUCGUAGCUGAAGAGGACCCAGCUCCAUGUGCGUUCUCAGGGAAUGGACGCCAGUGUACUGCCAAUGGCACGGAAUGUAGGAGUGGCUGGGUUGGCCCAAACGGAGGCAUCACCAACUUUGAUAACUUUGCCUUUGCCAUGCUCACUGUGUUUCAGUGCAUCACCAUGGAGGGCUGGACAGACGUGCUCUACUGGGUAAAUGAUGCGAUAGGAUGGGAAUGGCCUUGGGUGUAUUUUGUUAGUCUGAUCAUCCUUGGCUCAUUUUUCGUCCUUAACCUGGUUCUUGGUGUCCUUAGUGGAGAAUUUUCAAAGGAAAGAGAGAAAGCAAAAGCACGGGGAGAUUUCCAGAAGCUCCGGGAGAAACAGCAGCUGGAGGAGGAUCUAAAGGGCUACUUGGAUUGGAUCACCCAAGCUGAGGACAUUGAUCCCGAGAACGAGGAAGAAGGAGGAGAGGAAGGCAAACGAAACACUAGCAUGCCCACCAGCGAGACUGAGUCUGUGAACACAGAGAACGUAAGCGGCGAAGCCGAGACGCGAGGCUGCUGUGGAAGUCUCUGGUGCUGGUGGAGACGGAGAGGCGCGACCAAGGCGGGGCCCUCUGGGUGUCGGCGGUGGGGUCAAGCCAUCUCAAAAUCCAAACUCAGCCGCCGCUGGCGUCGCUGGAACCGAUUCAAUCGCAGAAGAUGUAGGGCUGCCGUGAAGUCUGUCACGUUUUACUGGCUGGUUAUCGUCCUGGUGUUUCUGAACACCUUAACCAUUUCCUCUGAGCACUACAAUCAGCCAGAUUGGUUGACACAGAUUCAAGAUAUUGCCAACAAAGUCCUUUUGGCUCUGUUCACCUGUGAGAUGCUGGUAAAAAUGUACAGCUUGGGCCUCCAAGCAUAUUUCGUCUCUCUUUUCAACCGGUUUGAUUGCUUCGUGGUGUGUGGUGGAAUUACUGAGACCAUCUUGGUAGAACUGGAGAUCAUGUCUCCCCUGGGGAUCUCUGUGUUUCGGUGUGUGCGCCUCUUAAGAAUCUUCAAAGUGACCAGGCACUGGACUUCUCUGAGCAACUUAGUGGCAUCCUUGUUAAACUCCAUGAAGUCCAUCGCUUCGCUGUUGCUUCUGCUUUUUCUCUUCAUUAUCAUCUUUUCCUUGCUUGGGAUGCAGCUAUUUGGCGGCAAGUUUAAUUUUGAUGAAACGCAAACCAAGCGGAGCACCUUUGACAAUUUCCCUCAAGCACUCCUCACAGUCUUCCAGAUCCUGACAGGCGAAGAUUGGAACGCUGUGAUGUACGACGGCAUCAUGGCUUAUGGGGGCCCGUCCUCUUCAGGAAUGAUCGUCUGCAUCUACUUCAUCAUCCUCUUCAUUUGUGGUAACUAUAUUCUACUGAACGUCUUCUUGGCCAUUGCUGUAGACAAUUUGGCUGAUGCUGAAAGUUUGAACACUGCUCAGAAAGAAGAAGCAGAAGAAAAGGAAAGAAAAAAGAUUGCCAGAAAAGAGAGCCUAGAAAAUAAAAAGAACAAACCAGAAGUCAAUCAGAUAGCCAACAGUGACAACAAGGUUACAAUUGAUGACUAUAGAGAAGAGGAUGAAGACAAGGACCCCUACCCACCUUGCGAUGUGCCAGUAGGGGAAGAGGAAGAGGAAGAGGAGGAGGAUGAACCUGAGGUUCCUGCCGGACCCCGUCCUCGAAGGAUCUCGGAGUUGAACAUGAAGGAAAAAAUUGCCCCCAUCCCUGAAGGGAGCGCUUUCUUCAUUCUCAGCAAGACCAACCCGAUCCGUGUGGGCUGCCACAAGCUCAUCAACCACCACAUCUUCACCAAUCUCAUCCUCGUCUUCAUCAUGCUGAGCAGCGCUGCACUGGCCGCAGAGGACCCCAUCCGCAGCCACUCCUUCCGGAACACAAUACUGGGUUACUUUGACUAUGCCUUCACAGCCAUCUUUACUGUUGAGAUCCUGUUGAAGAUGACAACCUUUGGAGCUUUCCUCCACAAAGGGGCCUUCUGCAGGAACUACUUCAAUUUGCUGGAUAUGUUGGUGGUCGGGGUGUCUCUGGUGUCAUUUGGGAUUCAAUCCAGUGCCAUCUCCGUUGUGAAGAUUCUGAGGGUCUUAAGGGUCCUGAGGCCCCUCAGGGCCAUCAACAGAGCAAAAGGACUUAAGCACGUGGUCCAGUGCGUCUUCGUGGCUAUCCGGACCAUCGGCAACAUCAUGAUCGUCACCACCCUCCUCCAGUUCAUGUUUGCCUGUAUCGGAGUCCAGUUGUUCAAGGGGAAGUUCUAUCGCUGUACGGAUGAAGCCAAAAGUAACCCUGAAGAAUGCAGGGGUCUUUUCAUCCUCUACAAGGAUGGGGAUGUUGACAGCCCUGUGGUCCGCGAGCGGAUCUGGCAAAACAGUGAUUUCAACUUUGACAACGUCCUCUCUGCUAUGAUGGCGCUCUUCACGGUCUCCACGUUUGAGGGCUGGCCUGCGUUGCUGUAUAAGGCCAUCGACUCGAACGGGGAGAACGUCGGCCCAGUCUACAACCACCGCGUGGAGAUCUCCAUCUUCUUCAUCAUCUACAUCAUCAUUGUGGCCUUCUUCAUGAUGAAUAUCUUUGUGGGCUUUGUCAUCGUGACAUUUCAGGAGCAAGGAGAAAAAGAGUAUAAGAACUGUGAGCUGGACAAAAAUCAGCGUCAGUGUGUUGAAUACGCCUUGAAAGCACGUCCCUUGCGGAGAUACAUCCCCAAAAACCCCUACCAGUACAAGUUCUGGUACGUGGUGAACUCUUCGCCUUUCGAAUACAUGAUGUUUGUCCUCAUCAUGCUCAACACACUCUGCUUGGCCAUGCAGCACUAUGAGCAGUCCAAGAUGUUCAAUGACGCCAUGGACAUUCUGAACAUGGUCUUCACCGGGGUGUUCACCGUCGAGAUGGUUUUGAAAGUCAUUGCAUUUAAGCCUAAGGGGUAUUUUAGUGACGCCUGGAACACGUUUGACUCCCUCAUCGUAAUCGGCAGCAUUAUAGACGUGGCCCUCAGCGAAGCAGACCACUAUUUCACUGAUGCAUGGAACACUUUUGAUGCCUUAAUUGUUGUUGGUAGCGUCGUUGAUAUUGCUAUAACUGAAGUGAAUCCAACUGAAAGUGAAAGUGUCCCUGUCCCAACUGCUACACCUGGGAACUCUGAAGAGAGCAAUAGAAUCUCCAUCACCUUUUUCCGUCUUUUCCGAGUGAUGCGAUUGGUGAAGCUUCUCAGCAGGGGGGAAGGCAUCCGGACAUUGCUGUGGACUUUUAUUAAGUCCUUUCAGGCACUCCCCUAUGUGGCCCUCCUCAUUGCCAUGCUGUUCUUCAUCUACGCGGUCAUUGGCAUGCAGAUGUUUGGGAAAGUUGCCAUGAGAGAUAACAACCAGAUCAAUAGGAACAAUAACUUCCAGACGUUUCCCCAGGCGGUGCUGCUGCUCUUCAGGUGUGCGACAGGUGAGGCCUGGCAGGAGAUCAUGCUGGCCUGCCUCCCAGGGAAGCUCUGUGACCCUGAGUCAGAUUACAAUCCCGGGGAGGAGUAUACAUGUGGGAGCAACUUUGCCAUUGUCUAUUUCAUCAGUUUUUACAUGCUCUGUGCGUUUCUGAUCAUCAAUCUAUUUGUGGCUGUCAUCAUGGAUAAUUUUGACUAUCUGACCCGGGACUGGUCUAUUUUGGGGCCUCACCAUUUAGAUGAAUUCAAAAGAAUAUGGUCAGAAUAUGACCCUGAGGCAAAGGGAAGGAUCAAACACCUUGAUGUGGUCACUCUGCUUCGACGCAUCCAGCCUCCCCUGGGGUUUGGGAAGUUAUGUCCACACAGAGUAGCGUGCAAGAGAUUAGUUGCCAUGAACAUGCCUCUCAACAGUGACGGGACAGUCAUGUUUAAUGCGACCUUGUUCGCCUUGGUUCGAACGGCUCUUAAGAUCAAGACCGAAGGGAACCUGGAGCAAGCUAAUGAAGAACUUCGGGCUGUGAUAAAGAAAAUUUGGAAGAAAACCAGCAUGAAAUUACUUGACCAAGUUGUCCCUCCAGCUGGUGAUGAUGAGGUAACCGUGGGGAAGUUCUAUGCCACUUUCCUGAUACAGGACUACUUUAGGAAAUUCAAGAAACGGAAAGAACAAGGACUGGUGGGAAAGUACCCUGCGAAGAACACCACAAUUGCCCUACAGGCGGGAUUAAGGACACUGCAUGACAUUGGGCCAGAAAUCCGGCGUGCUAUAUCGUGUGAUUUGCAAGAUGACGAGCCUGAGGAAACAAAACGAGAAGAAGAUGAUGAUGUAUUCAAAAGAAAUGGUGCCCUGCUUGGAAACCAUGUCAAUCAUGUUAAUAGUGAUAGGAGAGAUUCCCUUCAGCAGACCAAUACCACCCACCGUCCCCUGCAUGUCCAAAGGCCUUCAAUUCCACCUGCAAGUGAUACUGAGAAACCGCUGUUUCCUCCAGCAGGAAAUUCGGUGUGUCAUAACCAUCAUAACCAUAAUUCCAUAGGAAAGCAAGUUCCCACCUCAACAAAUGCCAAUCUCAAUAAUGCCAAUAUGUCCAAAGCUGCCCAUGGAAAGCGGCCCAGCAUUGGGAACCUUGAGCAUGUGUCUGAAAAUGGGCAUCAUUCUUCCCACAAGCAUGACCGGGAGCCUCAAAGAAGGUCCAGUGUUAAAAGAACCCGCUAUUAUGAAACUUACAUUAGGUCUGACUCAGGAGAUGAGCAGCUCCCAACUAUUUGCCGGGAAGAUCCAGAGAUACAUGGCUACUUCAGGGACCCCCGCUGCUUGGGGGAGCAGGAGUAUUUCAGUAGCGAGGAGUGCUACGAGGACGACAGCUCGCCCACCUGGAGCAGGCAAAACUAUGGCUACUACAGCAGAUACCCAGGCCGAAACGUGGACUUUGAGAGGCUCCGAGGCUACCAUCAACCCCAAGGUUUCUUGGAGGACGAUGACUCGCCCAUUUGCUAUGAUUCACGGAGAUCUCCAAGGAGACGCCUACUACCUCCCACCCCAGCAUCCCACCGGAGAUCCUCCUUCAACUUUGAGUGCCUGCGCCGGCAGAGCAGCCAGGAAGAGAUCCCGUCAUCUCCCACCUUCUUCCCCCACCGCACGGCCCUGCCUCUGCACCUGAUGCAGCAACAGAUUAUGGCAGUUGCUGGUUUAGAUUCCAGUAAAGCCCAGAAGUACUCACCGAGUCACUCGACCCGGUCAUGGGCCACGCCUCCAGCGACCCCUCCCUACCGGGACUGGACACCAUGCUACACUCCCCUGAUCCAAGUGGAGCAGUCGGAGGCCCUGGACCAGGUGAACGGCAGCCUGCCGUCCCUGCACCGCAGCUCCUGGUACACAGACGAGCCCGAUAUCUCCUACCGGACUUUCACACCAGCCAGCCUGACCAUUCCCAGCAGCUUCCGGAACAAAAACAGUGACAAGCAGAGGAGCGCAGACAGCUUGGUGGAGGCAGUCCUGAUAUCUGAAGGCUUGGGACGCUAUGCAAGGGACCCAAAAUUUGUGUCAGCAACAAAACAUGAAAUCGCCGAUGCCUGUGACCUCACCAUCGAUGAGAUGGAGAGUGCAGCCAGCACCCUGCUUAAUGGGAACGUGCGUCCCCGAGCCAACGGGGAUGUGGGCUCCCUCUCACACCAGCAGGACUAUGAGCUACAGGACUUUGGUCCUGGCUACAGCGAUGAAGAGCCAGACCCUGGGAGGGAUGAGGAGGACCUGGCAGAUGAAAUGAUAUGCAUCACCACCUUGUAGCCCCCAGCGAGGGGCAGACUGACUCUGGCCUCAGGUGGGGCGCAGGAGGGCCAGGGGAAAAGUGCCUCAUAGUUAGGAAAGUUUAGGCACUAGUUGGGAGUAAUAUUCAAUUAGACUUUUGUAUAAGAGAUGUCAUGCCUCAAGAAAGCCAUAAACCUGGUAGGAACAGGUCCCGAGUGAUGGAGCCUGGCAGAGGACCCUGCCCUCAGCCUCACCUGCAGGAAACAGCAGACCCCACCCUCUCACAGAGGAUGGGUGAGGAGGGCAGACCCGCCCUGCCCCAUUGUCCAGAUGGGCCCUGCUGUGGAGUCUACUUCUCCCAUGUACCGGGGCACCAGGCCCACCCACCUGAAGGCAUGGCGGGGGGGCGGGGGAAGGUAAAGGUGAUGACGACCAUCACACCUGUGUCAUUACCUCAGCCAUCGGUCUAGCAUAUCAGACAGUCACUGGGCCCAACAUAUCCAUUUUUAAACCCUUUCCCCCAAAUACACUGCAUCCUGGUUCCUGUUUAGCUGUUCUGAAAUACAGCGCGUAAGUCAGAACCCAGCUACCAGCGGUCAUUGUAAGGGCAAUGGACCUUAUAAAUAAGGUUUUCUGUGAUGUGACGCCAGUUUACAUAAGAGAAUAUCACUCCGAUGGUCGGUUUCUGACUGUCAUGCUAAGGGCCACUGUAAACUGGAAUAAUAAUGCACUCGCAACCAGGUAAACUUAGAUACACUAGUUUAAAAUUAUAGAUUUACUGUACAUGACUUGUAAUAUACUAUAAUUUGUAUUUGUAAAGAGAUGGUCUAUAUUUUGUAAUUACUGUACCGUAUUUGAACUGCAGCAAUAUCCAUGGGUCCUAAUAAUUGUAGUUCCCCACUGAAAUCUAGAAAUUAAUAGUAUUUUUACUCGGGCUAUCCAGAAGUAGAAGAAAUAGAGCCAAUUCUCAUUUAUUCAGUGAAAAUCCUCUGGGGGUAAAAUUUUAAGUUUGAAAGAGCUUGACACUACAGAAAUUUUUCUAAAAUAUUUUGAGUCACUAUAAACUGAUCUUUCCACAAGAUAUACCAGAUGGCUCUUUGCAGUCUUUUCUUUGGGCAAGAGUUCUACGAUUUUGAUACUGUACCUUUGGAUCCACGGUGGGUUGCAGCUAUCUUUGGUUUUGUUUGACGUUAACAACCCUCUGGUAAUUACAGAGCAGGUCCAGCCGGCUAUUCUGCCCCUAGGGCAUCCAUAGUUAUGGUUUUCUCUGCUGCCCACACAGGGCAUUUUUGCAUCUCUGGUGCAGAAAUGCACAGAUGAAUGAGGUACAGCUGUUCUUGUCUUCUGGGGACUGGUGGUGCUGCUUUAGAAAUAAGGGGUGCUGGGGUAGGGGGAAGGAAGAAGCAACAUGGUGAUCUAUAGGAUUGGAAUGUCGGGGUCUAUACAAAUCGUAUUGUUGCCUUUUAUACAUUGCUGUACUGUGUGUUCUCUUUGAGGGCUUUUAUAUGCAAUUGAAUGAGGGCUGAAGUUUUCAUUAGAAUGCACUCACACUCUGAUUGUACGUCCUGAUGAAAACCCACUUUUGGAUAAUUAGAACCAUCAUGGCUUCCUUUUCUGUCAACGGGAGUAUGCUGACUAUCAAGUUACCUUGGCAGGGAUUCCCUGCAAUCAAAAAGACAGGUAGCAAUUUUGGUCUAAAAUUUUUAAUAGUAUACAGACUACCUGUUAAUGGUUUUUUGUUUUGUUUUGUUUUGUUUUUGUAAAUAACACCACUUUGUUAUGAAGACCUUACAGACCUCUUCUUAUGACAUUCUUAUUCUAAUCCAGGCAAAAACACUUCAAGGUUUGUAAAUGACUCUUUCCUGACAUAAAUCCUUUUUUAUUAAAAUGCAAAAUGUUCUUCAGAAUAAAGCUGUGUAAUAAUUUUGUUAUGUUUGGGAGCUCUCCUCACACAGAGCUGGCGUUUGCCUCUGACAGGGCAGGUACUGUCAGGGCAGCUCUGAAAUGACUCAGCUCUGAUAUUCUUUCUUAUCCUCCUGGCUCCUUUGGUGCCCAUGGUAACCUCAUACCAGCUGCAGGGAGCACCGUUUCUCCUAAAGGGCUACACCACUGUCAACAUUAUCUUGGACACUGUGUCUCUGUUGGGUCUUGGUCUUACUGUGUGGCUUCUCAUCCGGCCAAAAUUGCCAGACCAGGACCCUGAGUGUCUGGUAGAGGCGAUGUUCUUUUCCAAAGUCAGGGCUUAAAAACUGACGUUUUUAUAGGCUGCACCACUUCCUAAUAUCUAUCUGCUUUAAGCCUGGUUCAACCUCUCAUCGAAUAUUAAAUUUUUCUUUGUAAGAAAAA